AUGGCAGAGCUCCGUAACUGGGAGAGCUGGGGAGGAGUGGAGAGAGGACGGUCGGUGGCGCUGCCUGCGAGAUGUGUGUUGCUCUUCCUGGUAAGGCAAGUCAGCCUCGUCCGACUGGUUAACCGACGCAGCUCAACUCGAGGAAAUAAACGCGAACGUCGCCGAUGUUUCACCACUCAGCUCGAGGGAACCCCUUUGAAUAUCGACGAGAGGAGAGAAGAGACGGAGCAAACAACUCUGUUCUCGCAAGAAGAGACCAAGUUCUCCAGAGUGAAGUCCUUUGAAUUGUUUCUACUGGGACUGGCUGCGGCCAACUUGGAGGAAAUUCUCAUCGUGAACAUCUAUGAUAUUGUCAUCCAUGAGAUUACCUCCUCCAUCGCCGACACUUGGAUGUGUCGCUCACUCAAGUUCCUGACUGUGUUUGGUGAAACUACCAGCAUCCUCUUCACUGUCCUCAUCAGCAUCUUCCGCUACCAGAAGCUGAGAGACGCCAGUACGAGGGUCAACUUCCCAAUCUGCAUGGACAGCAUCAGGUCAGCCUUGAUGGUGAGCGGGGUGUGUGUGAUAUUCUCCGUGCUGUUCAGUCUCCCCAUUUUUGUCAUGCACCUGCAAAGCCCAGCGGGAAACACCACAAGAAACACAGUCGGCUGCCCCCCAGACUUCUUUCAGUGUAGUACAAAUCAUUGUCCCAAAUUCAACCGCUUCUACAAGUAUGCGUUCAUCCUGAUAUGCAACCUGCUGCCUCUGAUCAUCGUCACAGCCACCGGCUGCCUCAUCAUCAAUGUGCUGCUGAGCCAGAGGAAGACUGUGACACCAGGGGUGAACGUGAGUGGGUCGAGCCAGUCCAGCAGGAAGAGUAAAGGUCUGGGGUUUCAGCGAAGCACGGUAGCUGUACUGGCUGCCAUGGGGUUGUUCCAGGUAGAUUGGACUCUCUACCUGAUCUUCCAUCUGAGUUUCAGCCCCACUGACCUUCCUUUUUGGGCUGAAAUGGAGUUCUUUAUCUCAAUUUCCUACACAUCCAUCAGUCCAUAUGUGUACGGGAUAGGGAAUAACCUGUUCAAUCUCAAGAACUGUAUAAAAAGGUAAUUUAAAUCUUUUUUUCAGGCCUGACUUGUCAGAUUUUUAAACAGAAAAUAUAAUUUGAAAUUGUGUUGAUGAUGAAUUAUUAAGCAGAAACCAGUUUUUAUCAAUAAAAAUCGUUUUUUAAUUAUUUAACUUUCUGUAUUAGUUUGAGGAAGCAGAAGUUAACACUUUUUUGAGCAGGAAAUCCUUUUCUCUUCAGUAAACAGAUUACAGCUUUGUAUUACUUUUAUUUCCAUUUAAUAUGAAAUGAAAAGGUUCCUUUGGUACAAAAGUUUUCAGUCCCAAAGUUUUAUAUAUAUUUUUUAAAUCAGCCACAUAGCAAAUGCCUCUUUUGAUUGAUAAAAGCAUUAAAGGACUGUCAUAACUUGAAAAACAAAAUGUUUCCAUGUCUUACAGCCCUUCAAUGGGAGGAGGGCAAGUGAAUCUCAUGUG